ACAACGCUUCGGUCAAACCGGCUCUGGUUUCCAUGCCUUCUCUCAGCGCUUAGCGGGCUGCUGGUCAGAUGUCUGAUAGGUAGCUAAUCUCGAUUUAGUUUAAAACAAACACGUUUUCGUUUCGUUCAUUCAGGCCGGUGUAUAUUUUUCUGAUAACUGGUUUAUGUUUUGAGUUCUUGUUAUUGCGUUAACACUCCAUAACUAGCCAGUCAUGAUACCUCGGAGUAAAGACUUACUCGUGCGGAUAUCUUUCUACUGGAAACCUUUUUUUUCGGGCAAAUAUCUGAUAGUAACGAACAUAAUCAGCAGCGGGGGCAUGCUGGCUCUGGGGGACUGUAUUCAGCAAGGCAGAGAAAAGCGCCGCACGCCGGAGAAAAGCUGGGAAUGGCAGCGCACAGGGCGCAUGUCUGCAGUAGGAUGUUCCAUGGGGCCUUUCCUCCACUAUUGGUAUCAGUGGCUGGACAAGGCCUAUUCUGGAAGAGUUGUGAAGACUGUUGCCAAGAAAGUCUUGAUAGACCAGCUUGUUGCAUCACCAGUUCUUGGAGCGUGGUACUUCAUAGGCAUGGGCAUCAUGGAGGGCCGUGGUUGGGUCAGAGGCUGCAUUGAGUUUAAAGAGAAAUUCUGGGAAUUCUAUAAGGCGGACUGGUGUGUCUGGCCCACCGCACAGAUGAUUAACUUCUACUUCUUGCCGGCAAAGUUUCGGGUUUUGUAUGUAAAUACGGUCACACUGGGCUGGGACACCUACCUCUCAUACCUCAAACACAGAAAAAAUCAGCAAGUGGACACAUCGGAGCUAGAUGUACAGGAAUCAUCAGUGCCUCUUCCAGCAGUGAAACCACUGGAUGAUAAACUGUAAUGACACUGUUUUAUCGUUAAUUUGAGGUUCUCGGACCUGGAAACAUUACUUGAAUAUGUUAAUUGUCUAAGAGUACCAAUUACAUAUAUUAGUGAUAGAAACUGCCAUGAUUCAGUCAUUAAUUUAGUGACUGCUGAAGGAGUCCAGAGUCCUGUACUGAACCGUUUUACAUUGUCAUGUAAACCAUUAAUGAGAAGAACAUAAGGGAAGGUGAACAACAGUUCAGAUCAAGUCUGAACACUGUCCUUUCCUGUAUGUGACUGGGAAUCUAAUGAUAUUACAUCUGGUUUUGGCAGCUAUGACAAACUGAUUGAGUCACAGCAUUUACAGUCAUGUAACUAGUCUCGUAAUGAUGACUUCGCAUACUGUAUACUGUAUUUAAAUGGUCUUUUUAGAGGAUUUGGACUCAUGAUGUCUAGUUGCCAAUCAGUAAAACCUACUUCGGACGAAUGAAGUGCAAUGGUUUUGGCUGAAUGCCAGCUGCAGAGUUUACCACAACUGUAGUGCAGUUUAAUUAACAAAGAAUCAGAUGGAUAAAGCAAAUGCAUCAUUACACUCUGGGUUACACUGAGUAUAUUAUUGACUGGAGAUGUGCAUCUCAUCCCAUGUCUGUGCCUCCUGUUCUCCAUCUGUUAUUGUAGAGAAACUGCUGUAAAACUAUCCUACUACUUCAAAGAGAAGUUACUUAAGUACAGAUGUAAGCUGCUUAAUUAAGAUGAAAAAAUGUGCCAUAUUUAAAGUACUGAAAGCACUGGAUUCAAUUAUGUUCAUCAUUUCCACAUGAAUAAAAUACAUUACAUCAACAGUUUUCAUUAAACUGAAAGACAAAGCUGUGUUGAUGUAAUAUAUGUUAUUCAUGUGGACAUCAUGUACAAAUUUCAAUAAAGUUCAUGCAGUGCGUUCAGUGCACUGUUCCAGGCCCACUGUAGAUACUUACUGAUGAGCCUGGGGUCUGUGGGCAGCGUACAUCUAAAUUAAAACUUCUAGUUCUAUGACUAAAAUUUAGCUAUAACUCGACUUGAUUAUUUUAGUGAAGUUCUCAGGUACAAGUAUUACCUUUUAACGGUUCUCAGGAACUCUACUGCAUGUACAAUACAGUGCAAACGUCAGAGACCACCCUUUCAUUUAUUACUUUUCCAAACAGCCAUUAAGAACAUGUUAUUCAUUUUUCAGCUUCGGCAGAAAAUAAAUAGAUGCCUUGGCAACAUAAUGUAAUAUUACUGUUUGUUCACUAGUUAGUGUGUCCACCCUCUGCGUUUAGUACAGCUUCUUCAGUUGUUCUAGGAAAUCUGCAGAGAUCUUUUUCCACACCCCCAAGUUCAGUCUUAGAUGUUGGUUGCAAUUUCUGCUUGUCACAAUCCAAAUAAUCUAAAUUACACAUUUAGAAUCAUCAGUCUAAAAAUAUUACUUCACACCUCUAACAUCCACUUUUAGUGUUCUAGUGUAAUUUUUCUCUUUUUUUUUUAGUGUAUCAGCUUCUACACAGGUACACUGUGUAUAUAUAUAUAAUGUUGAGUUGUCUUCUGUCAGUGGAAGGAUGGAAACACCUGUGGAUGUUUUCAAAUAUGAAGCAGCUUGAUUUUCUCCUCUCUCUCAGUGAUCAAAGCUUUAAGUGCAGUUUAUCUGAUGGGGACAGUUUUGGUGGUCUGUCAGGUAUGCAGGUGGUUGCUAGGAGUCCCAUUUUCUCUGUAGCUUUUAAUCAUUUUUUAAACAAUACUUUUGGAAACUGUUUUUUCACAUAUUUUCCUUUCACUUUCUCCUUCCAUAUGUAAGUGGGUCAUUUUAUAUCUUACAAUCAGAAACAUCUCCUGAAAAAAAUGAACAAUCUGUGCUUAAUGGCUGUUUUCACUGAAAUUAAAUAGAUGGAGGGUGGUCUCUAACUUUUGUGCAGUACUGUAGUACAUGUAACUUUCUACCACUGCCAUUUGUUUCAGUGCUUUAUGCAGAGCUUGUCCUUUUUACCCAAUAUUUGUGAUUGGGAUACAUAUAUUUAUAUAAAAAAUCCAAAGACCAUAGAUUAUAGUAGGAAAAUAAUAUUCAUGCUGCAGUUCAGUGGGAAAGUGUAAUGUCCUUUUUGUCUUGCUGUUUUUGAUUUCUUUCCAAAGGCUUCCUUUGUGACUGUUAUUUUCCCCUAAAAAAAUUUUUAUUAGCAUAUCUUUCUAGUCACUGUGUCAUUCCUUUUGGUGUGUACAGUGACUGUUCCUGCCCUCUAGUGGACCAUGCUAUGCAUGUACAAUAUUUGAACCUCCUGAUAUCUGUUUUUGUGCUGCCUGUAAAACUGAAAUGUAUUUAAAGAAGUUGGUUUCAAUGCACCACUCCAAUAAUAUGGGUAACUUUGCAUUAGCUCUACUCUUCUAUAUCUCUGUAGGUCUUAAGCAGUUUUAGGAAAUUGUAUAUGUAUGUAUGUGUAUGUUUAUAGAUGUUAAUGUGUAAGGUCAAAGCAAUCAUGGAAGUGUUAGCUGAUUAUAAAUGUAA